CGCCGUUCCGAACCGACACAGACCCCCCAUUUAACUCCCUCCACCGCCACCACACACCCACCUCUCCCUCCAAAAAGAAAAUUUCCCAAAAAAACCACUCUAUAAAUAUCUUGAUCGUUUAGUCAUUCUUUCCAAGUCUUUGUUUCGGAUUUGGGUUGUUAUAUUUGCGAGACAAUGCAAGCCAGCCAAUUGCAAUGGGCGUCGUCGCCGAAGCUCGGUGCAGAGAAGAUUGAAACGUCGUCGUCUUGCUCGAAGCUGGGUUUUGUGAGCUUCAAGAGGAGGGGUUCGUUUGUGGUUAAGGCCAUGGCCGUGAAUUUGAGUUCAGAUAAAAAUGGGAGCUUGUUGUCUUCGAUUGGAAAUUCGACCAAUAUUCAGUGGCACCAGUGCUUGGUGAAGAAAGAGGACAGGGAGAAUUUGCUUAAGCAGAAAGGGUGUGUUAUAUGGAUCACUGGGCUCAGUGGAUCAGGGAAGAGCACUGUGGCUUGUGCUUUGAGUGGGAGCUUGUACAGCAGGGGGAAGCUGGUUUAUGUUCUAGAUGGGGACAAUGUGAGGCAUGGCUUGAAUCGCGACCUUAGUUUUAAAGCAGAAGAUCGCGCAGAGAACAUAAGGAGGAUUGGGGAGGUGGCGAAGCUGUUUGCCGAUGCUGGAGUCAUUUGUAUUGCUAGCGUGAUUUCUCCUUAUAGAAGGGAUCGUGAUGCCUGCCGUGCGUUAUUGCCUGCUGGAGAGUUUAUUGAGGUAUUCAUGGACAUUCCACUCGAUGUUUGUGAGGCCAGAGACCCCAAGGGACUCUAUAAGCUUGCACGUGCAGGGAAGAUCAAAGGUUUUACUGGGAUUGAUGAUCCAUAUGAGUCUCCACUUAAUUGUGAGAUAGCGUUAAAGCAUAAAGAAGGAGAAUGUAUGUCCCCAUGUGAGAUGGCUGAAGAAGUGAUUUCUUACUUAGAAGAGAAGGGGUUCCUCCAGGCUUAA